UUUAUGGACCUGAUCGAGCUCUGUGAGAAACAGCCCAGCCUGCAGGAGCUGCUGAGCUCCUUCAACGACCAGAAUGUGUCCGACUACGUGGUCGUCUACCUGCGACUCCUCACCUCAGGCUACCUGCAGAGGGAGCACGGCUUCUUUCAGCAUUUCAUCGAGGGGGGGCGCUCCGUCAAGGAGUUCUGUCAGCAGGAAGUAGAGCCCAUGUCUAAAGAAAGUGACCACAUUCACAUCAUCGCCUUAGCCCAGGCCCUGGACGUCUCCAUCCUGGUGGAAUACAUGGACAGAGGAGAAGGAGGAACUGUCAAUCACCACGUCUUCCCUGAAGGUGGAGACCCCCGCAUCUUCCUGCUCUACAGACCGGGCCACUAUGACAUCUUGUACAAAUAACACUCCUGGUCACGUUGUCCUCCUGCUGCGCUCUGCGGCGGUGCGUUCAGAUUAGCGCUGAUCAUACAUGUGUAUGAGACGAUAACUCAUUUAUUUGGAAAAAUAAAAACAUAAAAUCACGUUCUUUCACCCCUCUUGUUCCAAGAACCCAGGUUCACCAUCAGUCAUCACAAAAAGGUAUAAAAAUUGAUGGAAAAAUAGAAGUGACU